AGGGGCAGCACCAUCAGGAUUAAGCAGGCUGAGCCACAGCAGAGCCAACCUGAGGAGCAGCAUGAGGAGCCAUGGCGACCUACGUGCAGCUGAACACUGGAGCCAAGAUGCCCAUCCUGGGGCUGGGCACCUGGAAGGAUUAGCCUUGACGUACCUGAAAUAGUCUGGCAAUUGGACUCAGUGUUCUUUGUAGGACCCUUCCAACUGGAACUAUUCUACUCGAGUUGUCAUCACAUGAUCCUUGCCACAGCUGAACUUGCCAAGCUUUCACAGACUUGUAGAGCACACGCUGUUGAUGCCACCAACUCACCCUGGCACCACUCCAGUACAAAAUCUGAUUGCUUCUGGCAGUUCCUACCCCAAGAGGCUCCACCGGGUAAGGUGGAAUCUGCAGUGAUGGCUGCAAUCGAUGCUGGGUAUCGCCACUUUGACUGUGCCUAUGUGUACCAGAACGAGAAGGAGGUUGGGGAUGGGAUCGGGCAGAAAAUCAAGGAAGGCGUUGUGAAACGAGAGGACCUCUUCAUUGUCAGUAAGUUGUGGUGCACAUUCUUUGAAAAGCCUCUGGUGAAAGGAGCUUGCCAGAAGACACUUGCCAGCCUGAAACUGGAUUACCUGGACCUCUACCUCAUGCACUGGCCUUUUGGGUUCAAGGCAGGAGAGGACCUGCUUCCCACAGAUGACAAAGGCAUGUCUAUCCCCAGCAAUGCUGAUAUUCUGCAAACGUGGGAGGCCAUGGAAGAGCUGGUGGAUGCUGGUCUGGUAAAAGCCAUUGGCAUCUCCAACUUCAACCGUGAGCAGAUCGAAAGACUCUUGAACAAGCCAGGACUGAAACACAAGCCUGUAAACAACCAGAUCGAGUGUCACCCAUACCUUUCCCAGGAGAAGCUUGUCAACUAUUGCCAAUCCAAAGGGAUCACUGUGACAGCAUAUUGUCCCCUCGGACGGCCUGAUAGGGCCACACCAGAGGAGCCUGCCAUUUUGGAUAACCCCAAGAUUAAAGAGAUCGCAGCAAAGCACAACAAAACCCCAGCACAGGUUCUUCUUCGCUUCCAGGUCCAGAGAAAUGUGAUUGUGAUCCCCAAGUCUGUCACACCACAGCGCAUUGUAGAGAACUGCAAGGUGUUUGACUUUGAACUGACUAAAGAAGAGAUGGCAACUAUUCUCAACCUAAACAGAAACUGGAGAAUUUGUGACAUGGCCAUGUGCAGAAACCACAAGGAGUAUCCUUUCAAUGCUGAAUACUGAAAAUAGCUUUAUCCUGCAGGCCUGUAGGGUUUAAUGAGAUUCUACCACUACCUACAGUGAUCCACUGUGUACCUUGUACUCUGUAUCCAUCCUGACAGCAGAGACUUUCUCUAGUAAAACAAAAUAAUAAAGUUGCUCUGAAGAAAAAAAUGCAGACUGUAAUAACUGGCUGCGAUAGUUCUUUACUCAUUAGGUACUUGUCUUUUACUGGCUGAAAUGGCAAAACAGACAAUUAUUCACUUCUAGAAUAUGACCCAAAGCUUUUUCUUGAAAUGAAUGUCUGAUCUACAUGCAUAAUUGCUUUAUUGCAGUCACUUUCUUUACCAGCCUAACCUGAACUGUGACUUGUUUGUAUUCUCUCAAAAAUAGAGAAGUUUGAAUACUAA